GGCUGUGAGUGCAGCUCUCACAUCACUGGCGUCUGCACCUCUCACUGUAGCUUAAUAUGGCUCCUGCACGAAUCUUAAUCACAGGAUGCAAUAGGGGACUCGGGCUGGAAUUUGUCCGACAGCUGCUGGAGCUUCCCAACCCUCCAAAGCAAAUUUUUGCCACUUGUCGUGAUCCAACUUCUCCUCAGAACAAGAAACUAAAUGAUUUGGCCGCCUCACAUCCCAGUGUUGUGGUGAUUAAACUAGAAGCCACAGAUCCAGCAAGUGUAAAAGAAGCCAGUAAAGAAGUAGAAAGUCAUCUCCGUGGAUCUGGAUUGAACGUUGUGAUCAAUAAUGCCGGGAUUAUGCCUGAGAGCACUCUGGAGUCUGCUGAUGCUGAAGACUUCCUGCAUGUGUACAACACAAACGUGGUGGGACCAUUGUUGGUGGCAAAGGCACUGCUACCUUUUCUGAAAAAGGCUGCCGAAGAAAAUCCAAAGGGACCUUUGAGUUCCAAUAAAGCUGCAUUGAUCAAUAUGUCUACACUUCUUGGAUCUAUCGAGAAGACGCCAGAAACUUUUUUUUAUUACCCAGUAUUGUCCUACCGCUGCAGCAAGGCUGCCCUCAAUAUGAUGACUCACUGUCAGUCACUUGGGUAUAAGAAGGACGGCAUCCUCUGCACUGCCUUUCAUCCCGGAUGGGUCCAGACAGAUCUUGGAGGGGCAAAUGCCCCCCUCACAGCUGAUCAGAGUGUGAAAGGAAUGAUCAAAGUGUUGAGCUGCCUCUCAGAGAAACACAAUGGACUUCUGCUGGACUGGGAAGGAAAUGUUGUGCCAUGGUGAUUAGAUGAAUACAUAAGCACAAAGUCAGGAAGGUGGCACCUACACUGUAUAUGAUGGAUCAUUUCUGCCGGGCACAUCUGAGGAGCUGCACAUGACUGGGCUAGGGAUAUAUUUUUUGCUAAAGCCAUAUAUUUGUUACUAAAAUAUAACUUUUUGUGAUGCUAAUACAA